AUGGCAGAAUUUGUCGAGAAGCGGUGCCAGGACAUGGUUCCUGAGCUGGAGCAAAUGGAGAAGCUAAAGCUCUUUGAUAAAAACGAGAUUCGGAGUAUCGCGAAAAAACUUAAAGAAUACGAGUAUAAAAUUCAACGACACACGAAGUGCAAGGAAGACUAUCUUCGGUACAUUCAGUAUGAAAUGGAUCUCUUAAAAUUAGUCAAGCAACGGCGAGAUAAAUAUGGUAUCACUCAAAAGAGGUCGGUCAUAGACUAUGCCAUAACUAAUAAAAUGAAUAAUUUGUACAAAGAUGCGAUAAAUAAAUUUCAAGAUGAUAUUCGAUUUUGGAUUGCUUAUAUGAAGUUUUGUAAACACGUGCACUUCCACAGCAAUAUCGAUAAUAUGUUAGGCAGAAUGCUACAAGUGCACAGAGAUAAGCCAAAGUGCUGGCAUAUAGCUGCAUGUUGGGAAUUGGAGGAGAACAAAAAUGCACAGAAUGCACGGCAAUAUCUCCUUAGAGGUUUACAGAUUCAUCCUGACUCUCAGUUAUUAUAUAUUGAUGCUUUCAAACUUGAAUUAGAUAAUCCCUUAGCCACUGAUCUUAAUGAUGAAAGUACUGGAAACCAGGGAGACAAUUCAGAAUCAGUGACGACAGACAAUAGUGACAUACCAUUUCCAUUGAAAACAGCAUUUGUUAUAUAUCAGCAGGCUUUCGAUCACAUUAAGGACAUUAAAUUUAUAAUAGAGUUGCUCAAUAUUACAAAGAACUACGAUAACAUUGAGUCAUUGCAGAAUAGAAUUAUUCGUGACAUGAUUCAGAAUUAUACUAACGAGCCUUUGAUGUGGGAUACGAUGGCACGUCGUGAAUUGCAAGGUCUAGUGCAACCUGGUCUCAGUGAAUCACCAAUGGAACUAGAGAACACUGAGCAGGUCUCUUUGAGGGAUCGCAUUACAUCGUGCAGCAAAGUUUAUCAAACUGCUGUCAAAAGAAUUAAAACUGAAGAAAUCUGGUCUUUGUAUAUAGAAUGUUUAUUGGAAAUUAAUCGUGAUCUUCGUUCGUUACCAAAUUUCAAACGUAAACUUCUGAAGACCGCCUUAAUGCAAGCUCAUCAGGCAAAAAAAUUGAAAGAAGAAUACUACUUACACUGGAUUGGUAUGUUGAGCGUUGACAAGGAACACGACGAGGGCGCGCGGAAAAAGUUGGACGAGGUGCUGCGAGGAGCUACCGAAGCUGUACCAAAUAGCGUCGAUAUUUGGCAUGCGCGGCUUAAUUAUAUGUUGCAGUGUGGCUUGAAGAAGGAAGCGUAUGCUAUGUUUCCAAAAGCGACGGAGAUAUUGGGCGAGAAAGCGUUACCCUUGUGGAAAAUGCGGAUCUUACAUGCCCAGAUAAAAAGCUCUGAAGAGGCUGAGGAGAGCUUUCAAGCAGCUUUGGCGCAGCCACUGAUAGCCAGAGAUAUUAAGCCUAUGUGGCUCGAAUGGCUCGUUUUAACGAAAGGCAUCCGUGCUGCUCGCAAGGCGUACGAGAAUCUUUGCAUUCAAUCGAGCACCUCGAUGGAUUUCCACAAGAAAAUGAUCACAUUGGAACUUGUACAACCGGAGACUCAGCCAAAGUACGUACGACAACCUUACGAAAUGGCAACACAGCAGUUCGGGACCAACAACACAUCUAUCUGGAUAGAAUAUAUCAAGUACGAGAUGAAGCACGGAGACCCGAAGAGAGCCAGUGAUAUUCAUGAGCGAGCAGUCAAGACGUUAGAUCGUAGUUUAACGUACUCCUUUAUAGCGGAUUACAGCUUGAUCGCAGCGAAACCUGAUUCCAUAAAAUGAUGCCGAUCGUAAACUUGUAUUAUAUGUCCCAUGUAUUUGUGAACUAUAAAGAGUACACAUAGAAAUGGGCUAGAAGAUCACCACGCUUCUGGCAAGAAGCUAAGGACUGAGAAAUGAGUAUACUUCUUUGAUUUAUCUAGAAAAUUAAAAACGUAUUCUAAAAAUGUAUCUAAUUUAAUUUAUAAAAAGUAAUGUAAUGCAAACGUAUAGAAAAGGAUUAUGAAAAUAUAUAACGAGAAUCUAAAACGA